GUGUGCACGUGCACGGGGAAGGCUGGGGUGGAUGGGGGACUGGACAGAGGCCCAGGGGGGUUCCUAACCCUGAGUGAGGGCUGAGCCCUUCAGAGCAGGGCAAGGUCCUGCCCUUGGGGCUGGGGACAGGGGGAGUUGGGGCUCUCUGUGCUGGCUUUUGGGCCUGUCCCUGCUUUGCCAAGAGACCCCCUGGGACCUGCUGCAGUGGGUUUGGACUUGGUGCAGUGGUGCCCAGAACCCACUGAGCAGGGGUAGGGUUGAAGUCUGGGGUUUGUCAGCUCUGGUGGCUGUGACAUUACAGAGAACAGGUGACAGUGGGAGCCAUCCCCAGGGACAAUACCAGGAAACCACCCUGCAACCCCCACUUGGACUUGGGCAAUUGGCCAUGGCUGCAGCAACCACGUUCUUUGUGGCUGUGCUGACCAUCCUGCUCAAGCAGACACAAGACCUACGGACCAAUAUGAUCACAAUCCAGCAGAUGCAGCAGCGUAAGAAGUUUCUGCAGCAGGAGAUGAUGCAGCUGCUGCAGGAGAUUGGGUGGAUCAGGUCUCCACAAGAAGCCCCACUCCUCUCUGGGUUGCAGCUCUGUCUCUUCUGGGCUGCUGCAGUAGCCAUGCUCGUGGAGGUCUGCUGGCUGGCCUGGCAAAUGAAGUUUAGAACUUGUACCUGCUAUGAGCAGGACACCUCUGGCAGCGAGGAGGAAGAUGAUGAAGAGGAGAAAACCCGCAAGGGACAACGCCACAGUGUGAGGUUGUUUUCUGUCCCCAACGUAAUGUCAAUGCAGGGGCUGUCUGACAUGUGCAGGGACGUGAAGAAAAUGGUGCAUGACAUCCUCCGUGUCUGCCGAGUGCUUUCCAAGGACACUUUCAUGCCGGAGAUGCACCCGGCGACCGGGAAGAACGGCAUCCAUGAAUCCUGGAGUAUCUUUGAGGACCGAAUCUUGUACCAGCUGCUUGUGUUCCUGCAGCCACCCUCCAGGCACUCUUUCAAGCUGGAGCUCUACAGUGGGAUACAUCUGCCAGAGAGGUGCUCCAACAUCCGUGUGGUGCUGGAGUGCACCUGCUUGAGGAAAAUGGAGAAUGUUCCGUGUUUUGUCCACCCCUCCAAGACCAAUGAGACAGGCCAGCACUCACCCCUGCUGCAGAACCUCUGCACAGGCUCCUACUUAGACGUGGAGGAAAUCGCCUGCUGGGUGCAGAACUCGGUGCAGACAGCCUGGGAGCAUCUGCCCCAGUGGCAGGACUGGCAGCUCACGGUGCUGCCCAGCUCCCACUCCUGCCGGCUGCUGCUGAGCGGCCCCUCCGACAUGCAGCUCUGUGCUGUGCUGGUGUUUGCCGUGGAGCAGGGCAGCCCAGGCACCUUCCUGAUCCUUCAGUGAGAGUGGGCAGCGUCCCCAGGCGCUGCUUUGGGCUGGGGCUGGGUGGGGAAUUGGGAGUAGGCACAGACAGACAGCUGACCCCAACUGCCGAAAGGGAUCUGCCGGACAAUAGAACAUUGAGCUCAGAAUAUUAAAAGGGGAGGGAGAAGAAAAAGGAAUGGGACAUGUUUGGAGUUAAGGCAUUUAUCUUCCCAAGUCACCAUAACUGGUGAUGGAGCCCAUCUUUCCUGGAGAUGGGUGAAUGCCUGCCAGCCCAUGGGAAGACAAAUGCCAUAAUUCUGAACAUGUCCUCAGAAUCACAGAGUCAAUCAAGUUGGAAAAGACCUCUGAGGUCCUUGAGUCCAUCCUCUGUUCCAACACCACCAUGGCACUAAGUGUCAUGUCCAGUCUUUCCUGGGAGAGUGUUAAGUACCUCAGCCUUUUCCUCACUUUUGGUGACUGCAUUCCCUCCUGGGUCCAGUAAGGAAUGGAGCUUUUCCUUGGCCCUCCUAUUGCCAUUAAUGUGUUCAUAAAACAACUUAUUAUCCUUGACAAAGGUGGCCAAAUAAGUUCUGAGCUUUUGUCGCUCUAAUUUUCUUUCUACUUGACCUAAAAACAUCCAUAAACACUUCCUGAGGUACCUGCCUCUUUUUCCAGAGGUGGUUCCCCUGGUGGGCUCAUCAGCUAUGCCAGGAAGUGAAGUUCUCAUCCACACACUCCAGGGCCCUCCCAGGCUGCCCGUGCUGUGUUGGGUUUCCAGCAGACACCCUGCAGGUCCCUCCUUCUUCCUUCUUUUUCCCUCUUUAUGAACCGAUCCUGAUGGAAUAUGUUAUGGAAUAUCCCUUUGGGGUGCCCUAACCCUAACCUUGGGGUCAGCUGUGCUGUCUGUGUCUACUCCCAACUACCCAAGAACCCUCUUGUGGUUCCAGCCCCAGCCAGAAAUUAAGCACCACACAGCCCCUGCUCAACACCCUUCUCUUCCCCUCCACCCUGGUGGAGUGGGGAGGAGAAUCAAAAGUAAAACUUACAGGUUUAGAGAAGUUUAAAAUUUAAUCAUUUAGAGAAGCUUAGUAAUUGAAAACAAAGUCAAAUACUGUAAUAGUGGUAAAUUAUAAUAAUAAUAGUAUUGAUAAUACAACUGAAGAGGAAAAAAAAAAAAAAAAACAAACAAAAAUGUGAUGCACAAUACAAGUGCUCACUACCUACUGACAAACAAUGCCAGAGCUGCCUUUCUGAACCCAGAUCAGGCCCUGUUCCAGGUAACUCCCCCAGUUUAUAUACUGGGCAUGCCAUUCUCUGGUGUGGAAUAUCCUUUUGGCCAGUUUGGGUCACCUGUCCUGGCUGUGCUUCCCUGCCAUUUUGUUUAUCUACAUUCUCCUUAGUAGAGAAUAAGACCAAAGAAAACCCCCAAAAAACCCAAUGUCUAAUAAAAAAAAAACGCAAAUCAAUAAAAAACUGCAAAAACUCAAAAACAAAACUAAACAAAACAAAAAACCAAAAAAAACCAAAAAAGUUCCCAACUUAGGAUAAACCAAAACAUCAGUAUUUUACCAACAUUAUUCUUAUUAUAAAUCCAAAACACAGCACUGUGCCAGCUACAGAGGAAAAAUUAACUCCACCGAAGCCAAAACCAGUGCUCUGAGCAACAGAUUUUGAAUUAUUUUCUGUGGUACAAAGGAAACAAAAUUCAAAUGCCAAAGUCUGCUAGCUAGUUCCAAUAAUAGUAUAAAAGAUCAUUUUUCGAAAUGGAAAAUGGGUGUAAACCCAGGCUUUCAGGAUUAUGUGCUGUGUCAUUAUUAAGAAAAAUCUCAUUGCAUUAAGAAGCAGCCAUUGCUUUUAAAAAGACAGAGAAACUGUUUUGUUAGAACAAAACAAACCCAAGAAACCCUUAUCAAAAAGCAGCAUGAACUGCAUGUGAAAAUAAAGUUUUUCGUUCAAAGUGAGA